AUGGCGCAGAAGCUGAAAGACCGGGAGACACAUCUCCAGCGGCUAAAGGCAGACCUCCAGAACUGUGUGGGCUUAAUCCAGGAGCCCAAAAAACUUAAGGAGAGCAUCAUGAAGAUCUACGCCCGAUAUGUUGCUGACGGGGUGAAGGUGGAGCAAAGUGACGUUGAAGGAGAAUUUUAUAGGGCUUUCUGUCGGCAGCGUGAGCAUAUGGAGAAAAUGGUCAACGGGCUCAAGACCAGACUGGCCAGAUCUGGUAGGCAGCAUGAUCAGGCCUAUGACAAGAUCCAGAAGGGCCCCUGGGCAGAGAAGCUCAUGCUCGCUGCUAUGGAGCGAGGUCAUUGGGUCUUCUUCCAGAACUGUCACCUGGCGCCCAGCUGGAUGCCCUCCCUGGAGAGACUCAUUGAAAACAUCAGCCCAGUAAAGGUGCACAAGGACUUCCGUAUGUGGCUCACGAGCCUUCCCAGCAACAAGUUCCCAGUGUCUAUUCUCCAAAAUGGGUCAAAGAUGACCAUCGAGCCUCCCAAGGGAAUCAAGGCCAAUCUACAGAAGACCUACCUGAGGCUCACCAAUGAGUUCUUCACCUCCUCCACAAAGGCAUCACACCUCAAGGCUUUGCUUCUGUCUCUGUGUCUCUUCCAUGGAAUUUCUCUGGAGCGAAGGAAGUUUGGCCCACUGGGCUUCAACAUUCCCUACGAUUUCACAGACGGAGACUUAAACAUCUGCAUCAGCCAGGUCAAAAUGUUCCUGGACGAGUACCAGGACGUCCCGUACAAGGUGGGGGGAGGAGAACUCUUCUGUCUGUAUUUAACAACCUGUUAAGAUAACAAUACCU